GAGCGCGUGGGUAGACGGCGUGGGCGGCGAGCUGGUCGGUGUGGCGCGAGCUCAUCUGACGCUCGACCACAACUAUCAGAGCUGAAGGGAGAACGCCUGCGGAGUGACAGCCUGCAUCAGUCUAACGCGAGAGGCUCCUUGAAUGUACAUGGUGAGAUGACCUGGGGGAGUUUUGGAAUCCAGCCCCUUUUCUCUUAUAGCUGCAUGUCAACCAAAAACUGACCAACUAUAAUGAGGACAAAACUCUAUAAUCUAUAGUACAGCUGUGGAUGUACUGAUCCUAGACAAGCCAGCACAGUCCCUGUGGACAGCCCUUCACCUGAGCUGACAGGAUGGCUAAAACCUUCUAUCGGCUGCAACGCUUUUUAAGGCGGGCUCAUUUGCUCCUCCUCUUCCUGGGCGUGGCUUACAUCAUGGCAGGGAGUGUCUUGCUGCUCCAGCGCUCCAGUGUGGCUUUGUUUCAAAGAGGAACUGAUACGCCCUCGCUGCUGACGCCACCUAGGACCCUGGAGGUGCCUGGUGUCAGCUGGCACUAUAGGAGACCUGGAUCCAGAAUAAUACAGGAUCUUGAGAACAAUCCCCUGGAUCUGUCAGGCCACAGAGCAGAAGGAGAGCGUUUUAUGUCUCGGAACCUGAAGCUCAGGCAUCUGAGGCAGCGUGGGUUUCAGGGCUGGAGAACGGAGCGCGAUGACACAGUGGAGCGCAAUGAAACCAGGCAUAAAGGAACCUACAUGGGGUGUUUUGUGAACGAUGACAAGCAACGCGCGCUCGGAGGAACCAUGCUGUACGAUUUCCGCAAAAUGACCAGCUCCUUGUGUCAAGACACGUGCUCGGAGAGCGGGUACCAGUUUGCAGGGUUGGAAUAUGGGACGGAAUGCCACUGUGGGAACCGGAUCAGCGCCCCCCGAGCUCGGACCGAGGACUGCAACCUGGACUGCCGAGGAGAAAGGGGCUCGCCGUGUGGAGGUGUGGCCCGACUCUCCGUCUACAAGGUGGAGGAGGUGCUGCCCGGCCACAGGAGAUACAGGAAUGUUCACUACCACGGCUGCUUCCUAACGCCGACGAACACCAGCGAUGACUCACUGCUUCAGGCCAGCCACUACAACCUGACCUCCCAACUCUGUGUGGAGGCCUGCACAGAUAAGGAACUACCGCUAGCUUUAAUGAGAGGGUGGGACUGUCUUUGUGGCCCCGCCUCCUCUCUUUUGAUAAUGCAUAAGAAAGUAGAGGGAGACCUAUGCGGAUGGAGCAACACAACAAACCACUCCCCCCCUGUGGACCAAGAUUACUUCCAGGUGUACAGCACUCCUGUGCUAGAGUCGAGGUGCAGGGAGAGGACGUUUCUGCCCGAGAGGUCGUCCUCCAUCGUGGCGCUGUCUAGCUUCCCUGGAGCAGGAAACACCUGGCUGCGUCACCUGAUUGAGCUCACCACAGGCUACUACACGGGCAGCUACUACUUCGACGGCUCCUUGUACAGCAAAGGCUUUAAGGGUGAGAAGGACUAUUGGCGAAGUGGAAGGACCAUCUGUGUGAAGACGCAUGAGAGUGGACCGAGGGAGAUUGGCAUGUUCGACUCCGCCAUCCUACUCAUACGGAACCCGUACCGCUGCCUGGUGGCUGAGUUCAACCGCAAGUGUGCGGGACACCUGGGUCAUGCGUCAGAUGCGCACUGGAAGAGCAACGAGUGGCCCGAGUUUGUGGACAGCUACGCCUCCUGGUGGGCAUCCCACGCCCUGGCCUGGCUCAAGUACUCCCGACGCCUGCUGGUGCUGCACUACGAGGAGCUCCGGGAAGACCUGCGGCCCCGGCUGAAGCUCGUCGCCGCCUUCCUUAACGCUAGCGUGUCCGAGGGGAGGCUCCUGUGUGCUGCCAGUAACCGGGACGGCCAUUUCAAGCGCUCGGCUGCCCUCCGCCUCGCCGACGACCCCUUCACGCUGGACAUGAGGACUCGCAUAGACGGAUACGUUCGCGCAGUGAACAGGGCGCUCCGCGACAGGAACCUGAGUGGCCUGCCUGAGGAAUACAUGCCUAGAUUAUGACGACAACGACGAUGAUGAUGACGACGACGAUGGUGAUGAGUAAACGGAGUGGCAGAGGACGUGUGGAGGAAAGCAUUAGCGUCUGACGGGAGGGGAGAGGGGACAGUAAAUCGUAACGUAACAGAAGUGCCUGAAGGGCCCCGCGUGGUUGGCAGCUAUUCCUGUGACCUUUAUUCUUGCCCUUCUUUCUAUACUUCUCUCAAGCAAAAGGCAACUCAACUUAAUUAAAUCCUGCUGUUGAACUGCUGCGUGGUGGUGCGUUUGAAGUUUAGACCCUUUGUAAUUUUGACUUGUAGGGUCCCCUCUUGUGGCCCAGAGCAAAAUGCCAAGUGUUUUGAAAUAAUCUCUUUGCACUUGAAGUCCCCCUGGCAAAAGCAGUCUUGGUGAUGCAGCACACGCAGACACUUGGUAAUUACUCUGAAAGAAUCAGUGCUCACAAGUAGCCAAGCAGGAGAGGGUGUUGCGUUUCAACAGGUGGGUGAGUGUUCCAAAUACAUCAAAAUACAAAUACAUCUUCAUUUUAGAACCAAUAUGGGCAUGGUGUUUAAGAGGUGUGUGACUCCGUGAGGCGCAAACUGGAUUGUUUUCACUGCUUUAAAAAGCCUUAAAACUGUAUUAUUUUACCUGCUUUUAAAUUUUUUUUAGGAAUGUUCGCCAUCAGUUCUCAUUAGAACUGUGGUGGACAUCCAGGAAAAUAAACAGCUAAAAUUUAUAAUUAAUAAAAAACAACAAAAAACCGUAUGAUACAACAGGACAAAAAAUCCCACUCCCUGACAUCUUGUGUCUGCAGAAAAACAACAUUUAGAAAAAUCAUGUGGAAUAAAAAAAUAAGAAAGUAUCAAAUCCUCUAAUAUUUGUCUGGCAGCAAACGAAAUGACAGGACCUUCGCUGUGUUAGUUCAGCGUUUGAAACACCAAACCCUUUUUCAACAUUUGUCAGGUUUAUCAGAUAUGAUUUUAGGAUGUAAUCAUUACGUGAAAGCAGACUGACUGUAUGAUUACAUUAUGUUAACAAUUACUUGUGCUGUAACAUACAGGAGAGCGUAAUCUCUCUACGGAGAUUAGCUUUGAAUGUAUAGUAGAUUCAAAGACAACAUCC